AUGGCAUCCGCUACGACAAACCAGACUGCUUCGGCAACAAGUUCGACAUCAACCCCCAGUUGCACAACAGCAGUGCCCGGUAAAUAUGGCAACGUUCCUUUCGAUGCCUGCAAUUCGUACUACAACUUCGACCCGCAAUUCGCACCAGCGGUAGCAGUGGCUGUGAUUUUCGGCAUACUUACCAUCGCCCACCUCGUCUUGGCGAUAGUCUUCAAGAAGAGCUACUGCUGGGUCAUCAUCAUGGGUGCCACGUGGGAACUCGUGGCCUUCAUAGUGCACGCACUGGGUUCGCACGACCAGCAAAACAUCGGUUACGCUACCGCGCACCAGCUGCUCUACCUCCUCGCGCCCUUGUGGAUCAAUGCUUUCGUCUACAUGACCUUCGCCCGCAUGGUGCACUACUUUCUCCCUGACCGGACUGUUUGGCGCAUUCGUGGCGAGUCUUUGGCCAAGUACUUUGUCUGGGCCGACGUCGCUUCGUUCAUCGUGCAAGCCGUUGGCGGUCUGAUGGCAACCCCAAGCGCAUCUGCAGACAUCAUCCAGACCGGUAUCAACGUCUACAUGGGUGGCAUGGGUCUGCAGGAGGCUUUCAUCCUAUGCUUUUUGGGGUUGAUGAUCAUGUUCCACCGUCAGUCUCUGGCUCUUGACGCCGCGGGAAUGGCUCACCGACAGUAUAACUGGCGCGCGUUGCUCUAUGCUCUUUACGGAGUACUAGUUGCUAUCACGGUCCGCAUCAUCUAUCGUAUCUGCGAGUUCGCCGGUGGCGUCAAGCCAUCAAAUCCCAUUCCAUUCCAUGAGGAGUAUUCAUAUUCUCUCGAUGCCUUCCCGAUGAUGGUCGCAAUACUGCUCCUCGCCGUUUUCCACCCUGGCCGCUUCCUGGUCGGACCUGAAAGUGAGUUUCCCAAGAUGUCUCGAAAGGAGAAGAAAGCUGCAAAGAAGGAAAGAAGGGCGGCAAAGAAGGCGAUGAAGCAAACUAAGGUUGAAGCACAAAGUACGGAUGGUUUGCAACAGCCGGAAUGCGAGGAAGAAUACCACAGGAGGGAUGAUUACAGCCCGGCGAGGCUUGAGGAGGCUGGCGGAGAACCUCAAAUCAUGGGAACCCGGCAACAAGCCUGA